GUGAAUUGUUACAUUGUUGCAUUGUGCUUCUGAACUGUGUCCAUUUCACGUCGUCCUUACAUUGGGACAUGCUUUAUAAAAGACAUCCAAGGCACGGGCAAGACUGUGUUUGAUCUUUUACAAGGACGAAGUGGAUUCUUCCCCAGAACAACUUAGUUUUCCACACCUUCCCUAACUUCUUAUCUGGUGUGAUCACCCAAGCCAGGAUGGGUAAGCAGAAUAGUAAACUGCGCCCCGAAGUCCUUCAGGAUCUUCGAGAGAACACAGAAUUCACUGACCAUGAGCUCCAGGAAUGGUACAAAGGUUUCCUGAAAGACUGCCCAAGUGGAAAUCUGACUGUUGAUGAAUUUAAGAAAAUAUAUGCAAACUUCUUCCCUUACGGCGACGCCUCCAAAUUUGCAGAGCACGUGUUCCGCACCUUUGACACCAAUGCUGAUGGAACGAUCGAUUUUCGAGAAUUUAUUAUUGCGCUGAGUGUCACAUCUCGUGGCAAGCUGGAGCAGAAGUUGAAGUGGGCAUUCAGCAUGUAUGACCUGGAUGGGAAUGGGUACAUCAGUCGAGAUGAAAUGCUAGAAAUUGUACAGGCAAUCUACAAGAUGGUGUCCACCGUGAUGAAGAUGCCUGAAGAUGAGGCAACACCAGAGAAAAGAACAGAUAAAAUCUUCAGGCAGAUGGAUACAAAUAAUGAUGGUAAAUUGUCCCUUGAAGAAUUCAUUAAAGGUGCCAAGAGUGAUCCAUCCAUUGUACGGUUACUACAGUGCGACCCGAGCAGUGCAUCUCAGUUCUAAUGGGAUAUGGUAGUAUCAACACCGAUCGCCUGAAAUAAAGGAUCGAGCUUUCAUUCCAGCCAGAUUGCCAACCCUUUGUCUGACCUCCAUCUCAUCAUGAAUUGAUCCUCCUGCCACAAGAGGGUGAUUGACUAACAUGGAUAGCAUAUUCUACCCAAGCUGUCUUCAGAGGAGCUUUUAGUCACUGCAUUGUCACUUUUGUUUUGUGUUUUCUGUACAGUGGACACUUCAAAAAAAGCGAGCAUGCCAACACUUUCAGGGCAUUAGUGGGCAGUGAGUAAUGUUCUCCACUAUGGAUCAGAUGUAAUGCACACGUUCAACAUUGGCCCACAACCCAAAUAUUAAAAAAAAGACAUCGCGAAUGUAAAGAUACCACUCCCUAAAAUACCAUAUAUGGGAGUUUGUGAACACGCUUCAAGUACAUUGUAGCUGCUCUAGUUUUUGCUCUUGUAUUGCAAACCUAAAACAACUACAGUUCCUACAAUGAUCUGAACUGCUCUGCAUGUGAUAGAGAAAAAAAAUUCUUUCACGAGCAGAUUCACUCAGUGAGCCCCAGAUCACCGUGGGACAUGUAGUUUAAGCUUAGAAAGCAGGGGAGAUAUUACAAAUAUGUUUGUGAGGUGAGGUUUAAGCAGGGGCAAAAUGUUUGAGUGGCCCUCACAUUCAUAGUGAGAUUGUUGACAUGUAUACAGAACGUACCCUGACUAUAAUUUUGGUUUUAUAAAUAAAGCCCAUUCCAAUUAAGCACCACCAUUUCAAAAAUUAAAUACAUUCCCUUUUCUAAGAUUCCUAAAUCCCGGCAGUUUCCCAAAGCAUGGUUGUGGAAGGUCAAGCGAGUGGUCUCACAGUAAAUUACAACUACCAGAAAAUCUUCUCUAAAAUUGUGGAAAGUUACUAUUUUCUCCUUUAGCUCAUGUCAAACUAAAAAUGUAGCUUAUCUCCAAAAUUCCAUUUCACCAGAGGGUGGGAAUGGAGAAACAGUUGGGAAUGGGGUGGUGUGGUGGGUGUGGCGGGGAUGGGAACAGUUUUGGAGGAAGAGGAUCAACUCACUCAAUUUUAAAUCCCCCAACAAAAGUUGUUCUAACAAAUCAUCAAAGUCUGAUAAGACUGGAUUUGUACUUGUCGCUAUAGAAUAAAGUGCAGUAUAUAUAGGCCAUCCUAAUGGAAAAGUCCUGUCUGCAAUUUUUUAGGCUAAAUGGUAAACUGGCAAUGGUGCAUGAGUGACACCCUCAAGUGUAAAAGUCAUAAAUAAGGUUGACUUAUGUACUGGAGUUUCAUGGUAUACCUCACUUCUACUACACAAUAUGGCAACAAUCAUAGACCAGCACAAUUCAUGCUGUUAGAAAUGCACAAGAGAAUACUUUGGAUAGGUGAGCUACAUGGACCAAAGGCCAGCUCCUUCCUGAAAUGGUUACUAUCUUACAAUGUUACAAUACCAAAACUGGAACAGAUAUAUAUUUACGCCUCCCAAUAAGGACACAAAAUCUGUUAUAGCAGGGGUGUGUUACAUGGCUUCAAUUCUGGAGGAGCCAUUAGCAGUGCAUGUUAUAUCAUGGUAUAGGGGAUUGUUGUACUGAAAGGUAAACGUAUUUUUAAAAAAAAAUGUGAUGUAAUUCAUCUUCAAAUAUUAUUCUAAAUUAAAAUGUCAUUGUUU